GAAUAUGUCGAUGGUUUCUCUGAUGAAACAGAGUUAUGGAUUGGACUCGAGUACAUUCAUAAGAUGACGACAACCGUCAAGUGUGGUCUUCUCAUUGAAAUAACCGAUGCCGCCGGCUUUUCCCUCUAUGCCACAUUCCUUGCAUUCGAAUUGGGUGGCGAAGAAACUAGCUACCAGAUUUCUAUCGGAGACUAUGACGGAACAGCAGGUGAGGAUCCUUCUCCCCAGCUUACUGGACUUCGAUUCUCAACGGAAGACAAUGACCGCUCAUCCUCUGGGACUUUGAUGUCUACUAUAGGAGGGGGUUGGUGGGUCGACACUACAGCCUACACCAACCUCAAUGGCGUCUAUCAGCCUUCGGGUGUGAGUCCUAGUGAAGGACAGGGCCUCUAUUGGAGCUACACACCUUCAGGGCAUAAAACUUCCUACACGAUAAGCAAGAUGACCAUCAAACAGCUCAGCACGUACCCCACUAAUGCCGAUCUAGCUCCGGCAUCAGCAAGAGCACCUGAUUCGGAUGCUACAACAAAGGCUUCAUCAACUGCAGUAGUAUAUCCUGCUGAUGUGGUGAUGCAAUCUCGCAGUAGCGGAAGUUUGGACUUCUCAGUUCGUUGGCAGGAUUAUGUCGAUGGGUUUUCUGAUGAAACAGAGUUAUGGAUUGGACUCGAGUACAUUCAUAAGAUGACUACAACCGUUAAGUGCGGUCUUCUUAUUGAAAUCACCGAUGCCGCCGGCUUUUCCCUCUAUGCCACAUUCCUUGCAUUCGAAUUGGGUGGCGAAGAAACUAGCUACCAGAUUUCUAUCGGAGACUAUGACGGAACAGCAGGUGAGGAUCCUUCUCCCCAGCUUACUGGACUUCGAUUCUCAACGGAAGACAAUGACCGCUCAUCCUCUGGGACUUUGAUGUCUACUAUAGGAGGGGGUUGGUGGGUCGACACUACAGCCUACACCAACCUCAAUGGCGUCUAUCAGCCUUCGGGUGUGAGUCCUAGUGAAGGACAGGGCCUCUAUUGGAGCUACACACCUUCAGGGCAUAAAACGUCCUACACGAUAAGCAAGAUGACCAUCAAACAGCUCAGCACGUACCCCACUAAUGCCGAUCUAGCUCCGGCAUCAGCAAGAGCACCUGAUUCGGAUGCUACAACAAAGGCUUCAUCAACUGCAGUAGUAUAUCCUGCUGAUGUGGUGAUGCAAUCUCGCAGUAGCGGAAGUCUGGACUUUUCACGUACUUGGCAGGAAUAUGUCGAUGGGUUCUCUGAUGAAACUGAGUUGUGGAUUGGUCUUGACUACAUCUACAAGAUGACUACCACCGUCAAGUGUGGUCUUCUCAUUGAAAUCACCGAUGCCGCCGGCUUUUCCCUCUAUGCCACAUUCCUUGCAUUCGAAUUGGCUGGUGAAGACACCUACUACCAGAUUAAUAUCGGAGAUUAUGACGGAACAGCAGGUGAGGAUCCUUCUCCUAAUCUUACUGGCCUUCCGUUCUCAACGGAAGAUAAAGACCUCUCAUCCACUGGUACGUUGAUGUCCACUUUGAGAGGGGGUUGGUGGGUCGACACUACAGCCUACACCAACCUCAAUGGCGUCUAUCAGCCUUCGGGUGUGAGUCCUAGUGAAGGACAGGGCCUCUAUUGGAGCUACACAGCUUCAGGACAUAAAACUUCCUACAUGAUAAGCAAGAUGACCAUCAAACAGCUCAGCACGUACCCCACCCAUGCCGAUCUAGCUCCGGCAUCAGCAACAACGGCUUCAAACGCUGCAGUAGAAUAUCCUGCUGAUGUGGUGAUGCAAUCUCGCAGUAGCGGAAGUCUGGACUUCUCACGUACUUGGCAGGAAUAUGUCGAUGGUUUCUCUGAUGAAACAGAGUUAUGGAUUGGUCUUGACUACAUUUAUAAGAUGACGACAACCGUCAAGUGUGGUCUUCUCAUUGAAAUCACCGAUGCCGCCGGCUUUUCCCUCUAUGCCGCAUUCCUUGCAUUCGAAUUGGCUGGUGAAGACACUUACUACCGGAUUAAUAUCGGAGACUAUGACGGAACAGCAGGUGAGGAUCCUUCUCCUAAUCUUACUGGCCUUCCGUUCUCAACGGAAGAUAAAGACCUCUCAUCCACUGGUACGUUGAUGUCCACUUUGAGAGGGGGUUGGUGGGUCGACACUACAGCCUACACCAACCUCAAUGGCGUCUAUCAGCCUUCGGGUGUGAGUCCUAGUGAAGGACAGGGCCUCUAUUGGAGCUACACAGCUUCAGGGCAUAAAACUUCCUACACGAUAAGCAAGAUGACCAUCAAACAGCUCAGCACGUACCCCACCCAUGCCGAUCUAGCUCCGGCAUCAGCAAGCAAACCUGCUGGUGAUUCGGAUGAUGCUGCUCUAGCACCUGCUGGUGAUUCGGAUGAUGCUGCUCUAGCACCUGCUGGUGAUUCGGAUGCUGCUGCUCCAGAUCUAGCACCUGCAUCACCCAUUCGGUAGUUAAUCUCUCACUUUAUGGAGACCAAUUUGUGUACAUAUUCCAUAUGGCUAUAAUUGUACAUUAAGUACUUCAUUAUCACGUGUGCCCUUCAUGAAAGUGUUGUAUUUGUGAGUUUUAACGAAUUUCAUUCAUCAUCAAGCAGAAUGAACAUCUUUUGUAUAUAGUGUGUCAGAAUGACAUGCACAUUGAUUUCGUUGUGAUCAAGUGGUUAAACUGCUCGUCUUAGAUCUGGUUUUCUUUUUAUUGUAGUUUAUUAUUCCCACUCUGAGACAAGAAUAUCAAGAAGUCAACAAAUUUUUAUUGUUAUGUGUGAUUGACCAUGGUUUUUAUUGAGAGCUGAUUACCAUAAUUAACUCUUUUUCAAUCAAACUGGUCAGCAAAGGGAUUAUAACGAAAACAUAACAAACAACAAUGAAUGCAAAUCAUUACUUCGAACAUGAUAUCAAUACUUCCGCGACCCCCCUCCCUUGACCUCGAGGCGUGCGGUCUACGGCUCGGUUCACCACUUCUUCGCU